AUGACAGCCGGACUUAUCGCCACAGAUGUGGCUUCGCAGGUGGCCACUGCGACGCCUCUUCUUCUCAAGGUCCAUUCUUGGCACCGCUUCGAUGCUGUGGCCGCCUCACCGAAGCGCUGUCCCAACUUGUUGCAGAGCACAUGGCGCAAGCAGAUGAAGGAAAGCGUGCGUGCACUUCCGGAAGACAUGGAAAAUUGGAUGAUGAAGCAUGGACAAGCGCGAGCACUCCUCGACAUCAAUCCGCCCGAAAUGCCCGACUUCCAGCAAGCACCUCCCAGUCAAUGUCAUUUCCAUGCUGCGUCGGUUCCGGCGGCAGUCUCACAGCAUGGUCCUGAUGAGCCAUCUAUUCUUCGGCAUUGGAGCCCGGAAUGGCUUCCACGACUGUUGUUGGACACAAGCCCGGACGAUGGCAAGUCGGAGCUACUCCACUGCAAACUCUUCGCCUUGGUUGCUGGGGAUCUCUACCGCAGUCAUGGGGGCCAACUCUUCGAAUACAACAAUGGCGCAUGGGCGCCGGCCUCUCGUGGCCUGACAUCUGUGAACCUUGAAUUCGUCCUCCAGGCCCUUCGUAGAGCUCAGGCGUAUUAUUCCAUAAUGGCCCAGAUGAAGCCGAAGAGAUGUUAUGAUGACAUUGUCUUCGAGAUCAAAGCCAUCCAGCAAGUGGGUAUGGAGGAGGUUCUCUUGCAAUGGCAACUUCAGGAUAUCAUUCAGAGGAAACCUGAAGUCAGAGCACGUGAGUGGCUCUGUGGCCUGUCUGAGCUUUGUCGGACCAUCGUGAAAUGCUUCCAACGUUGGGGCGAUGAAGAAAUACGGGUCAAACAGCAACCAGGGCUCUGCUUCCAGGAUGCAUUCAUCUCGACUGUGGAUGGCAACCCGAAACAAAUGCAGAAAGAUGCCCGUCAUGGUUGUUACAUAGCCAUCCCUACUCCCAUCGCCUUUGUGCCCAGCAUGGCCACCAGACAGCGAUACGCCAGCAUCCUCUUGUCUUCUUUUGCAGGCUCAGAUGGAUUGCAAGUGCUGCUCCUGGUUGUGGCCCGUGUCCGGCAGCCUGACAUCUUGCACAUUGUUGUUGGAUGUGGACAUGACGGAAAAACUUUGAUUUUUGUCGAUCACUUGCAAGCUGUCUUUGGCAGUGCCUUCAGUUGCGCUCCGUGCGGCAUGCUGCAAUCGGAGCGAGAAUUCCAAGUCCAAGGUGCCAAUUUCAUACAUGCAGCCUUCCUCACCUUUGAUGAAUGCAAAAGAGAUUCAGGAAUCAUGGAGGAUAUCGUCAAAGUGUUCGUCGGAGGUGGCUGGCUACCCCUCCGCAGAAACCACGAAGCAGAGACUAGAUACGGGCAUUGGGCAUGCACUGGCAAAGUCUGGGCAAUGAAUUCCGGUGACAUCCCUCGUGUUCCAACGGCGGAAGAGGUUUCCCAUCAAAGGCGGUUCCGCUGCACCUACAUGCGGUCCACCUUCACAGCCUUGGAGGAGGAAGUUGACAUCCCCAACAAAGUCUUCCAUGCCGACCCUGGGGCCAAGUCCUUUAUGUCUUCUGGCGAAGCAGUGUGGUGCUUCUUCCAAGAUUUCCUUUUCCCUCAUCUUCGGGCAAACGGGGCGCAAACAUGCAGUGACAACCUGGAGUACAUGAGGAAAGGCACGAGCAUGCACAAAGAUACCCACUGGUUGCUGAGGAAGAUGAACCGCACCACUGACUGCAUCCAUCCAGACACAGCCCAAGGCCUUGAAGCCCAGAAUGAAAGACCUGGUGAAGCUCCUGCAGCGACUUUGCCUGAGCGCAUUGUCCGGGAGACUCACGCCUCCAUCCACGCCCAAUUCUUCUCCGCAGCAGACAUCAACCGGAUUGUUGUGCCUUCCAAUCCGGGCUCUGCUCCUCCAAGACGGCCUGGGAAGAAACUACGGGUGGAAUAUUUGAAGGAUUCUUUGCAGCAGUUUCCUCACUUGAUCCGCUUGGUCGACGGUCUCCAACGUGCAGGAGCCCCCUUGGACCGCUUUGAGCGCCGGUGCCUCGAUGCUGACAGUUGGCACCAGUGCCUCCAAACAUGCCUAGAAAGCCAGAACAUCCCGGAAGUGGUUGGAACAUGGAAUGAUUGGCUCUGGCCCAGCGCUGCGGAAGCUUCAGCCUACAACAUCGAUGAGACACCAGGAUUUCCCCGAGGAGACGCUUGGGAAAUUUCCUGCCGGAUGGAUGUUGCUGGCUUGAAAGAGUUUGCGGAGAUGGUCCCUGGUGAUAAAGGAGAACACGCACGCCUACUUGCAGAGCUUUGUGAAAGAGAAGGCACAAUCGAGGGUGACGUGACCAUCCUUUCCACAUUGGGGCACCAGAAGAAAGUCGCUGGCGCAUCCUUGGGGCGUGUUUUCUUCCCCUGGAUCAGCUUUCCAAAUUUGUCCCGUUCCGCCCGGGACUUUGGAAGCCCGCCUGGAACCAAGGAGUUUGAUAUGCCCAAUGCAGUGGUUCACUUCGCAUUGGUCUGGGCAAAGGAAUAUGGGCUGCCUUGCUUCCAACGCUAUCAUGCAAACAAAGGGACAUGGCGGAAGAUCGUCAUGCAGUGGUUUGCCCUUGCCGAGCAGGAUGCAAAGAAGGCCCUGUUGCAGGCUUGCUUUGGUUUUGCUUUCCCAUCGCGUGCGAGUGGCAAACCUGUGAUUUGCCCAUUGCUUGAAGGCUUAGCAGCAGAUGCCAUGAGGCUGCGGGCCACCAUGUGCGAAAGGCACCCUAGCUUGCUGGCAGCCAUGCGGGCAGCUGGCCGACCGAGACCAGAGACUUCCACCAUGGCUUUCCUGCUCUUUGACAAGGAAAACCAGACCAUGCAAGCAUUCUGCAAAUUACUGCCAAAGUAUGGGUUUGCUUUGGUUGCACCUGUCUUUGAUGCAGUGCUGGCCGUGCCACAGAGCAGAACAGAGGAAGAUGGCACCGAGAGGGCGCCAAAUCAAGAUGCUUUGCUCAAUGAUUUUCGCGACAGCACAGGAAUCACGAUGCAGGUCAAAACAUUGAGCCGCACCAGGCCGCAGGCGACUGUGCCGAACAUAUUGCGCGAACUCUUGUCCAACAACAUGGCCAUCCGUAUGGACCCGGUCCAGCGCCUACCUGGGCGCUUCUCAUGCAUUGGCACUGCUCUCCUGAACCUGUUUCCAGACGAAGCCAAUGGUAUCAAAGAAGCAACCUCCAAUUUGAGCAGCCCGAUCUCCUACCACCACACCAUGGAGAUUUGCCCCAAUGUUCUCAUUGAACCAACUUCGUUCGAUCAAGCCACUCAAAGCGGUGACGGGACAUGUUUCCUGGUCCAUGCGUCAAACACUUGGGAUGCUGACGUUGGUCAUGCAUAUGGUGUGAAAAUGGUGGAGGCUACCGCCCAGAUCUACACCUCGACAGAGGAGGAGUACAUCCAAACCAAUACGCAAUUGUUCUGGCAGAAGCUAGCAAAGACACCAGGCACGUACAUCUUCAAAGUCUCCAUUAUCAGUCAGGAUGGGGAACCACAGGCCAAGCGUCGCAAAAAAGAUGCGGCGUCGACGACUUCAGUUGAACUUCUUUUGAAAGCCGGUGUGGUGGAGGCUGAGGAGACUUUGCGCCCGGUCAUGCCACAAGUUCGAGAGCGCAUGUCUAGGGAGGUUUCCCAGGAACUUGCCCGUCCCAAGCUUAGUUACCACAGUUGCAAGGUCAACAGCAUCCAUGAUACUCCAUGA